GUUUCCUCUCAAAAAACCUACAAGACACGGCAGCAUUCUGAGCAGAGAGUCUCCAGCUGACAAGAAGCAGAAGGUUGAACGCUGCAGUAGUACGCACGACUUCGAUCCGACAGAUAGCUCCUCCAAGAAGACAAAGUCUAGUUCAGAGGAGAGUAGAUCCGAGACGUAUGGUCUCGUUCAGCGCUGCGUUGUCAUCCAGCGGGAUGAGAACGGAUUUGGGCUGACAGUCAGCGGAGACAAUCCAGUCUUCGUGCAGUCCGUCAAAGAAGAUGGAGCAGCCAUGCGUGCUGGAGUGCAAACAGGUGAUAGAAUUAUUAAGGUGAAUGGCACUCUUGUAACACACUCAAACCAUUUGGAGGUGGUAAAGCUGAUCAAGUCGGGUUCCUAUGUAGCUCUCACUGUUCAGGGGCGCCCGCCGGGGUCGCCCCAGAUUCCAUUAGCUGAUUCUGAAGUGGAUCUGGCAGCAUUUGGGCAUAUGUCUCCCAUCAUGACCUCUCCCCAUUCGCCUGGCACAUCAGGAAAUUCAGAACGGAUUACCAGCCCAGUGCUUGUUGGGGAGGAGAAUAAUAUUGUCCACAACCAGAAGGUGGAGAUUCUGAGAAAGAUGCUGCAAAAAGAGCAGGAGCAGCUGCAGUUUCUGCAAGAAGAGUAUAGCCGCUCACCCACCACACGACUGCUCAAAGAGAUACAGGAAACCAAGAAGCACAUUCCUCAGCUGCAAGAGCAGUUAUCCAAAGCCACAGGCUGUACUCAGGAUGGAGUCUUGUCCUCGAGGUCUGUGGCAGAAUCACUGCAGAUCAGUGAAGUGGAGGCAGAGGGCGGGGAUUGUGUGAGCAAACUGGAUUACAGUGGUGACAGCAGCUCCCGACCAAACAGUGACAUUUGUGAUAGUCCUCGUAGUGGCUUGAAGGAGCGGAUUUAUCCCGAUGAGAGCCCAGAAAAGACUGAGGUUCAAGAUACUGAUUCCCAGUCCAGUGUUGGAAGUCCUUUGUCCCGAGUGGGGCCUCAGAUCAUUGGAGCAGAGGAUGACGACUUUGACACUGAGCAGGAGCAGAUUAAUGGACAAUGCAGCUGUUUCCAAAACAUUGAGCUCCUGAAAUCUCGCCCAGCUCACCUGGCUGUUCUUCUGCAUCAUGUGGUGUCCCAGUUUGACCCUGCAGCAUUGUUGUGCUACCUUUACACAGACUUGUACAAGCAGACCAACUCCAAAGAGACUCGGCGUGUCUUCCUCGAGUUUUACCAGUUCUUCUUGGACCGAGCUGCAAAUCUGAAAGUUCCAGUUCCAGACGAAAUCUCCUUAGAACUAGACAGAAGGCGGCCAGAACUCAUUCCUGAAGAGCUUCAUCGCCAGUUUAUACAAACUAUGCAAGACAAAGUCUGUCCAGAAGUUCAAAGAAACCUGGAAGAUUUCAGGCAGAAACGUAGCAUGGGAUUGACUCUGGCAGAAGGAGAGCUAACCAAGCUGGAUGCAGAGAGAGUUCGUGACCGGAAUGCAGUGGAGAAGGAAAGAGCAUGUGCAGAGCAGAUCAUUGCUAAAGUUGAGGAAGUCUUGAUGACAUCUCAGCCUUUGGAAGAAGACAAGAGUUCCACGAUGCAGUAUGUGAUUCUCACUUACAUGAAACACCUGGGAGUCAAGGUUAAAGAACCUCGGAACCUGGAGCAGAAGCGUGGCCGUAUUGGGUUCUUGCCAAAGAUCAAGCAAAGUAUCAAGAAAGAGAAAGAAGGCGAGUAAAAAGGCAAGAGAAGAGGCUUUCCUAAUAUUCUGGGCCCACCAAGGAGACCGAGUCGACAUGAUAGCGGUGCAAUUGGCAGAGCCAUCGACAUGCAGAAGCCCCGCCACCAAAAGCACUUAUCCACAGUGUCUUCUGUCAGCCCCGAGCCACCAGAUUCUAGCAAGAUGCGGCAGAGCGGGUCCUCCAGUGAUGGAACAGAUGUGCCAUACCCACCUGCCAACCCAAUGUCUCCUUUGGCAGCGGGUCCCUUUUCCUCUCCAGAGGGAAGCAAGGACAGUGAAACAG